AUGACGAGGCGUGAUUCGUUCCGAAAGCCCAAGGGGAGCGGCCGCUCCCGCAGGACUCGAGUGUCAGACCCAAACAUCUACCCCUACUCCUCUCACCCUCAAGGAACCGCUAUCCUCUCCUCAGCUCCUCGUCGAGCUUCUGCCGCGUCCUACACUACUCAGCCUUAUCCUCCUCGACCAAACCCAAGCCGCGAUCCCCAGAAACAAGCCUACGCGGGCCAUCCUCCCCCUCCUCACCCUAGCUGUCCGAUCGAAUCCCACGAGCCUUUUCUCAAAGACGACGAGGACCUACGACUCAAGGCUCUCCAGCAGCCUGAUGGAACUACCACUAAUUUCACAGUCGUCAACAAGGACAAGCCUGGGGCAAACAAUACCAGCGCGCUCCUCCCCCUCCCAAACGGCGGCAUCCUCUUCGACGUCAACAACGAAACGAGCGCCAUCGCAGCCUACGACCGCGCCAAGGGGGCUUCUGGGAGCGGAAAGGUCCCCCCGCUCCGCCAGAACGCAUGA